AUGUCGACUCAAUUGGCCCAAGAGCUGGCCACAAACCUCAGAAGUUCUAAAGCACAACUUAAUACUGUGAACCAGCAAUUACUUAUGCUAGAGAGACAGGACAAGUUGGCACAAGUUACCACAAACGAACUAGAAUCAUAUCCAGUGAAUAAGGUAUGGAGAGGACUCGGUAAGGCUUUUGUUCUACAGGAUAAGUCGAAAUAUGUGAAAGAUUUAAACCAUGAUGCUGGUAUCGUGGAAGAACAGACCAAGGCAUUGAAAAUAAAGCAACACUACUUGGAGACUACUAUUGAAAAAAUCGUUGAGAAUCUCAAAGCAUUGAUGGAGAAGAGUAAAUAG